CCCAGCGCUGACGUGCACAUCAGCGACAUAACCUGCUCGCGUUGUUUUUGUUAACGUGGAAAUCGAUCAAAGCAGCCGCAAAGGGGCACAAUGAGCGCCUUCAAGAGAGACAAGAAGGAGGAAGAGGACGGGGGCGGAUUGCCGUUUCAGAACAUCGAGAAGAGCGCGGUGCUGCAAGAGGCGCGCAUUUUCAAUGAGGCGUCGGUGAACCCGCGCAAGAGCACCGCCGUGCUCACCAAGCUGCUCUACAUGCUGAACCAGGGGGAGCGGCUGAGCCCCAAAGAGGCGACCGACGUGUUCUUCGCCAUGACCAAGCUGUUCCAGUCGCGCGAUCUGGUGCUGCGCCGCCUGGUCUACAUGGGGAUCAAGGAGCUGAGCACCAUGGCGGAGGAUGUGAUCAUCGUCACCUCCAGCCUCACCAAGGACAUGACUGGGAAGGAGGACAUGUACCGGGCGGGGGCGAUUCGGGCCCUGUGCAGCAUAACCGAGGCCGGAAUGCUGCCGUCGAUCGAGCGCUACAUGAAGCAGGCCAUCGUGGACCGCAGCCCGGCCGUGAGCUCCGCCGCCCUGAUCAGCGCCAUGCACAUGACGUGGUUCGCCGCGGAGGGCGUCAAGCGAUGGGUGAACGAGGCCCAGGAGGCGGUGCUCAGCGACAACAUUAUGGUCCAAUACCACGCCCUCGGCCUGCUGUAUCGCAUCCGGCGCGCCGACCGCUUGGCAGUCAGCAAGCUGGUGGCGCGCCUCACACGCCUCUCCUUGAAAUCCCCCUAUGCCGUCUGCAUGCUGAUCCGCAUCGCCGCCCAACUCAUCGAGGAAGAGGGCGCCGACAGCGGCUCGCCCCACUUUCAGUACAUCGAGGCCUGUUUCCGGCACAAAUCGGAAAUGGUGGUGUACGAGGCGGCUCGCGCCGUCGUCAACCUGGAGCGCACCACCAGCCGCGAGCUGGCGCAGGCCGUGUCGGUGCUGCAGCUGUUCUGCGGCGCCCCCAAGGCCACGCUGCGCUUCGCCGCUGUGCGCACCCUGAACCAGGUGGCAAUCGCGCAUCCGGCCGCCGUCACCGCCUGCAACCUGGACCUGGAGAACCUGAUCACCGACUCCAAUCGGUCGAUUGCCACGCUGGCCAUCACCACGCUGCUCAAAACCGGGGCGGAGUCCUCGGUGGACCGCCUGAUGAAGCAGAUCGCCACCUUUGUGUCGGAGAUCAGCGACGAGUUCAAGGUGGUGGUGGUGCAGGCGAUCCGCGCCCUCGCCCUGAAGUUCCCGCGCAAGCACAGCAGCCUGAUGAACUUCCUGUCGGCGAUGUUGCGCGACGAGGGCGGGCUGGAGUACAAGGCCUCCAUCGCCGACACCAUCAUCACGAUCAUCGAGGACAACCCGGAGGCGAAGGAGACCGGGCUGGCGCACCUGUGCGAGUUCAUCGAGGACUGCGAGCACACCUCCCUGGCCGUGCGCAUCCUCAAUCUGCUGGGCAAGGAGGGCCCGCGCACCAAACAGCCCUCGCGCUACAUCCGCUUCAUCUACAACCGCGUGCUGCUGGAGUGUCCCUCCAUAAGGGCGGCCGCCGUGUCCGCGAUGGCGCAGUUCGGGGCCUCGUGCCCCGACCUGCUGCCCAACAUCCAGGUGCUGUUGGCGCGCUGCCAGAUGGACUCGGACGAUGAGGUGCGCGACCGCGCCACCUACUACAGCCACAUCCUGGCGCGCCAGGACACCAGCCUGUACAACCGCUACAUCCUGGACACGCUGCAGGUGAGCAUUGCGGGGCUGGAGCGCGCCCUGCGCGAGUAUCUGGACGGCGAGGGGGCGCGGCCGUUCGACAUGCUGGCGGUGCCGGUGGCGCCGCMCCCGCAGGCCGCCGAGCUGGACGCCAAGCCGCGGGCGGCGCUGGCCAAGCCGCCGCCCACCCGCGAGGACAACUUUGCCGAGCGCUUGUCGGCGCUGCCCGAGCUGCAGGCGCUCGGCCCCCUCUUCAGCAGCUCGGAGCCGGUGGAGCUCACAGAGUCCGAGACCGAGUACGUGGUCAGGUGCGUGAAGCACUCGUACGCGCGCCAUCUCGUGCUGCAGUUCGACUGUCUGAACACCCUCAACGACCAGCUGCUGGAGGACGUGCGCGUCCAGGUGGAGCCCGGCGAGGGCUACAGCGUGGCCGCGGUGCUCCCCUGCCCCAGGCUGCCCUACAACGAGUCGGGCUCCGCCUACGUGGUGCUGCAAUUCCCCGAGGACCUGCCCAGCAGUGUGGCCACCUUUGGGGCCCUGCUCAAGUUCGUGGUCAAGGACUGCGACCCUGCCACCGGCCUGCCCGAUGUCGAAGAAGGCUACAACGACGAGUACAUGCUGGAGGACCUGGAGGUCACCCUGGGCGACCAGAUCCGCAAGCUGGGCAAAGCCAACUGGGGCGCCGCCUGGGAGGAGGCCGAAGGCCUCUUCAGCGAAAUGGAGGACACCUACGCGCUCACCUCCAUGACCAGCCUGGAGGAGGCGGUGACCAACAUCGUCAAGUUCCUGGGGCUGCUGCCCGCGGAGCGCAGCGACAAAGUCCCCAAGGGCAAGACCACACACACCUUGCUACUGGCCGGGGUGUUCAGAGGGGGCGUGGACGUGCUGGUGCGCGCCAAGCUGGCCCUGGCCGACGGCGUCACCAUGCAACUGACCGUGCGAUCGCAAGACGAGGGCGUGGCCGAACUGAUCACAUCCGCCGUAGGCUAGUCUCGCUACCAAUUUACUGAUAAUUACAAAUAUACACACUAUUCUAUUGGCA